CUCUCUGGAUAGGCGAUACCCCUUAUUAUAAGGUAACGACGAUUUAUUCAGCUCUAAGGGGAUAUCAUAUAAUGAGGACAGAACGAUAUUAAACUCGAAAAGGUCAGAAUCGAGGAAAAUUAAAAAAAAAAUUUCAGCUUGUCGACUCCAGAGCAAGAAGAAUAGGUUGCGUAGCUAGGGUAUUCAAAAGGAGGGGAAUGAGAAAAUUGGAAUUUGAUGCUGUCUGUACUAGUGGAAGUCAAAGAAACGGCCAAAAUUUAUUUAAAAUCAGUCAAAUCCAAAAUUCACGUCUUCGCCAAAAAUUAAUAUCUGAGGCGAAAAAUACAGAAAAUGAUGGAUAUGGAAGUAUUGAAGAUAAAUGGAAUAAUAAAAAUAAUGGAUGGAGUGAAGAAAGGCAAUGGGGAGAUGAAGAAAAUGAGAGGGAUAUAGAGGAGGAGGAUAAUGAUGGUUUUAAUGGGAGAAAUGAGAAAAAUGUAGAUGAUAAUUUUAGAAGGAGGAACAGACCCAGUAGAGAUGUAAGGAAUAAAAUAAAUUUUUAUGAGGAUCGGGCCGGCAAGGCCUGGGAGGCUCCGGGAGGUUACUUCUUGGCUAGAAGGCAUUCCUCCAUACCUCCCCCCGUAUCAGAAUAA